CUUCGCUAUUUAAGAGCAAGCUAUCUCGCUAUUGUCGCUAUCAUUGGGUUAUAUGCUAUCAAGCUAGGAGCUAAACCAAAGUAAGUCUUUUUUACUUGUUAUAAUUGUCGCAUGAUUUCGUUACUCUGUUUGCAUCGGUUUCUAUUAGAUAAAGGCUUAGUUGAUUUCAUUGUCGUUAUGCACAAUCGAUAUAAUGUACGAUGUAAGUUACAUAGGUUUAUUUUUAAUUUCCUUUUAGUUCGAACCACAUCACAUCAAAUUGUAUCACGCUAUUGUUGUGCUUUAAAGCCAUCGCUACGUAUCUUCGCUACCGUCGAUUAUCGUAAGAAUAAAUUUGUAAGUUGGUUGGAAAACUUUGUUAUACGUCUGUUGUUUGUGCGUUCGUUUUAUGCUCCUGGUCACUCGCUAUCCUGUGACUCCACUAAAGUCACAUUAGUUCGAAUUUGAGCUCGUUUGAAUUUGGAACUUGGAUUUGACCGAAUCAGUUCAAAGGUUCAAGCAUUCGCUACGCUUUCAAUCGCUACGAUUCAGGAAUUUGGCUUCGCUACGACGCUGGAAUUUACGCAAUAAAACACGUGCUGGAUAUUAUGUAACUCGCUGUCACGCUUUCGGAAGGGACGCGUGGUAAUCGUACACCGGAAAUGGCAGAAAGUAAAAAAAAAAAAGGACAAUGAGCUGACUGAAUCCACCAGGAUCAGGGAGCCAAAUCGUAUGCUAGACUGGGAAGGAAUCAAUUCCGAAAGACUAAAUCAGUUAAAGCAGACACGAAGUGCAAAAAGAGGCAUCAUUACUAAAGCGAAGAAUGGAAUUCGUGAAUUAAUGCUUGACUUUGCGAAUAUUCCUGUAGUUAAUGAAAGGGUUGAAGAAUUUAAGAGAAUAGUUUACGAUUUCAAUGAAGCGCACCGUGCGUAUCACAGUCAGCUAAAAGAGGAGCGCGACCUCGUCGAGUCUGAAGAGUACUCAAAGGCAGUCAACCACUCAGUAGCAGAGCUGACCGGCGAAAUUGCAAGAUGGGUUGCAUCGGAAGAGUUUGUGCUACGCCCGUUGGAAUCGGUUACACCGCAAGAUUCGGUGAGCAACGUCGGGUCAAGGACCUCCGUACGGUCAAAGCGUAGUUCUCUUACAUCUAAGACAUCUCGCUCCAGUUCCCUCUCGGCCGCAAAGGCAAGAGCAGCUGCAAGAAGAUCUGUUCUGCAGGCCGAAGCCGCUAAUUUCGAAUCCUUCCAAGCUAUCCAAAGAGAGGAGUUGAGUUUGCAGCAAAAGAAGAAAGCUCUGGAGCUUCACACGGAAAUCGCAAAGGCUGAAGCCGAAGAACUCGUGUAUGCUGAGGUCGAAGCAAGCAUUAGUCCAACCCCGAGCCAAGUUGCUGUUUCCAAGAAGUCCAUAGUUUCCCAAAUACCUGACUCAGAGGAGAAGACUCAGCCGAAGUAAGAGGAUGAAUCUCUUUCACAGAGACCUGACGGCUGGAAUGAAGAAAUUAAAUCGGAAGUACCAAACCCUGUAGAGCCACCAGAUGUAAAGGAAGAAUUGGAUAAUAAGACUAGUCUCGGCAAUGCUACCAUGGCUGGAGAUUUGGUUCAAAGGCUACUUGAAAUACAAUGCAAGCAAAAUCAGCAGAUGCAAGACCUGAUUAAGCAACAGCAAGAGAGUACGUUGGCUCUAACUCUUCCCGAACCGAAUGUCCCGACAUUUAACGGAAACCCAAUUGAUUAUUGGUCGUUUGUACGCGCCUUUGAGAACUUAAUAGAGCGAAAAACUGCAAGUGAAAGCGCCCGUCUCUAUUAACGAGCUCAAGAUCCGACGACGGCAGACACCUAGGACGGCAGACUUGGUCGAGGGGGCUUGGGGAAAGGUCGCCGUUCCAAUGGCGCGAAAAAUAGCCUUAAGAUAGCGCGCGAGACGGCGGCUGUAGUGGCUUUCCUCUUCGAAGUUUAGGAAAAGCGAUGGCUACCUUUAGAAAGGCUCGUGAAUUGUUGAUCGCAAGUUUCGAUGAUGGUGACAUUUCAGAAGAUGAAUUUUUACUGUUGUAUGAUGCCAACAUUUCAAAGAAUCUCGAUUAUCCUUACCAGAAUUACGAAGAUUUUCACCUGGAAGGACUCGGUGAAAGUGAGUGCUUGGCAGAAUUUCGUUUCCGAAAAAGGGACAUACCAAUUCUCGCAGACGUAAUGGGGCUGCCUGAUUCGUAUCGAUGUGAACAAGGGACUGUAUGCGAUGGAAUUGAAGGCCUUUGUCUUUUGUUAAGAAGAUUAGCGUACCCUUGUAGGUACAGUGACCUAAUCCAUCGUUUUGGCCGCCCAGUACCAGAAAUUUGUAUGAUCACUAAUUAUGUAAUGGAAACUGUGUACAGCUUACAUCAUCACCGUCUGACAGCAUGGAACCACACCUUAAUGAGCCCCCCUCUACUUCAGAGACAUGCUGAUGCCAUACAAAGGAAAGGAAAUCCCCUGCCGAAUUGCUUUGGCUUCAUAGAUGGUACAGUAAGACCCAUUUGCCGACCACAAGAAAACCAAGGAAUUGUGUACAACGGACACAAAAGAGUCCACGGAUUGAAAUACCAAUCUGUUGCAUUGCCCUGUGGUAUGAUAGCCAACAUGUAUGGGCCAGUAGGUAAUGGAAAUUAUUCCUUUCAAGUUUUAGCAGGAGCCCAAGUAAUGGGCUCCUUGUUUUAGUCACAUUAGAACCAUCUGUCACGCGGUAAAUCCAAACAGAAUGAUAAAUAGGUGAAAGCAGUUUUUAGCGUGAAACAUAUCAAGUAGUAUAAAUAAAAUAUACAUUUUUUUAAAAUUACAGAACACAAUUUUCAAUCAAAAUGUGCAUUUUCUUCCAGAGGGCCGCAAACAUGAUGCUGGAAUGUUAGCUGAUUCUGGCCUUCUGCAAGUCCUUGAACACCAUGCUUUUUCGCCGACUGGUAACCCCAUGGCCUUAUAUGGUGACCCUGCUUACCCAUUAAGAGUUCACCUUGUUGUGCCAUAUCGUACUGCAGGUAUCACUCCUCAAAUGGGAGAGUUUAACAAGUCGAUGAGCAGUGUCCGCAUUUCAGUAGAGUGGCUUUUUGGGGAUAUUGUUAACUAUUUUAAAUUUGUUGAUUUUAAGAAAACUCAAAAGAUAUCAUUGAGUGCGUUGGGAAAGAUGUAUAUUGUAUGUGCAAUUUUAAGGAAUGCCAUGACUUGUUUGUAUGGCAAUUUCACAUCAAAUUUCUUUGACAUUGACCCACCAACCCUUCAGGAUUAUUUUUCCUAACAAUUAAAACUAUCUGUACCCUGAAAUGAAUUUCAAUGAUAAAUUCAUGUGAAAUACACAACUAGUCAAUAAGAUGUAACA